AGCCGACCUCCUUGUCUCGGCCAAUGAACGCCACCCUGUCGCCCCCGUGUUACUGGGUAGAACAAAACAAAAACAAACAGAGCGAGAGAGGCCACAGACGCUCCGAGGCGGCCGCAAAAGCUGAGGAGCGGGGUCUGGAACGAAGCGGAGAUCCUGGGGAGCGGCGGCGGAGGCCCGAGGGGAUUCUAAAGGAAGACUUCCAUUUGAUAAUUUGUUUAAUCAGUGCAAGUGAAAUUAAGGAAAAAAAUGGAUGUAGAAAAUGAGCAGAUACUGAAUGUAAACCCCACUGAUCCUGAUAAUUUAAGUGACUCUCUCUUUUCUGGUGAUGAAGAAAAUGCGGGUACUGAGGAAAUAAAGAAUGAAAUAAAUGGAAAUUGGAUUUCUGCAUCAUCUAUUAAUGAAGCUAGAAUUAAUGCAAAGGCAAAAAGACGACUACGGAAAAACUCUUCCCGGGACUCUGGUAGAGGCGAUUCAGUCAGUGAUAAUGGAGGUGAAGCUGUCAGGAGUGGAGUAGUCGUGCCCACCAGUCCGAAAGGAAGGCUGCUUGAUAGGCGCUCGAGAUCUGGGAAAGGGCGGGGACUGCCAAAGAAAGGUGGUGCAGGAGGCAAGGGUGUCUGGGGUACACCAGGACAGGUCUAUGAUGUGGAGGAGGUGGAUGUGAAAGAUCCAAACUAUGAUGAUGACCAGGAGAACUGUGUUUAUGAAACUGUAGUUUUGCCUUUGGAUGAAACAGCAUUUGAGAAGACUUUAACACCAAUUAUACAAGAAUACUUUGAGCAUGGAGAUACUAAUGAAGUUGCGGAAAUGUUAAGAGACUUAAACCUUGGUGAUAUGAAAAGUGGAGUACCAGUGUUGGCAGUGUCCCUAGCACUGGAAGGGAAGGCUAGUCAUAGAGAAAUGACAUCUAAGCUUCUUUCUGACCUUUGUGGGACAGUAAUGAGCACGAAUGAUGUGGAAAAGUCAUUUGAUAAGUUGUUGAAAGAUCUACCUGAAUUAGCAUUGGAUACUCCUAGAGCACCACAGUUGGUGGGCCAGUUUAUUGCUAGAGCUGUUGGAGAUGGAAUUUUAUGUAAUACCUAUAUUGAUAGUUACAGAGGAACUGUAGAUUGUGUACAGGCUAGAGCUGCUCUGGAUAAGGCUACUGUGCUCCUGAGUAUGUCUAAAGGUGGAAAACGUAAAGAUAGUGUGUGGGGUUCUGGAGGUGGGCAGCAGUCUGUCAAUCACCUUGUUAAAGAGAUUGAUAUGCUGCUGAAAGAGUAUUUACUCUCUGGUGAUAUAUCUGAAGCUGAACACUGCCUUAAGGAACUGGAAGUACCUCAUUUUCACCACGAGCUUGUAUAUGAAGCUAUUGUAAUGGUUUUAGAGUCAACUGGAGAAAGUGCAUUCAAGAUGAUCUUGAAUUUAUUAAAAUCCCUGUGGAAGUCUUCUACCAUUACAGUAGACCAAAUGAAAAGGGGUUAUGAGAGAAUUUACAAUGAAAUUCCAGAUAUUAAUCUGGAUGUCCCACAUUCAUACUCUGUGCUUGAGAGAUUUGUGGAGGAAUGUUUUCAGGCUGGAAUAAUUUCCAAACAACUCCGAGAGCUUUGUCCUUCAAGCUGUCAGAAAAGUAAAGUAUCUUUCUUGAAGUGACUGAAGAGUGAGACCAUCUACCUUGAGUUUUUGGAGAAAAGGGGAAGAAAGCGUUUCGUAAGUGAAGGAGAUGGAGGUCGUCUUAAACCAGAGAGCUACUGAAUAUAAGAACUCUUGCAGUCUUAGAUGUUAUAAAAUAUAUAUCUGAAUUGUAAGAGUUGUUAGCACAGGUUUUUUGUUUUUCUUUUUUAAAGCAUUUGUUUUGGGUACAAGACAUUUCUGAAAUUUUAUAAAAAAACUUACAUUUACGGGAAUUUUUAAAGGAAGUAUUUUCUUUUUUUCUUUGAGGGGAAUUAAAAGAAGGACAGAAGAGUAACCACUUCUUAAGUGGAGUACCCUAGUAAGCUACCUUUCAUAAGUGCCAUGUUUAUGACCUAAUCAUUCCAAGUUUUGCAUUGAUGUCUGACUGCCACUCUUUUCUUUCAAGGACAGUGUUUUUUGUAGUAAAAUCACUGGUUUAUACAAAGCUUUAUUUAGGGGGUAAAGUUAAGCUGCUAAAACCCCAUGUUGGCUGCUGUUGUUGAAAUACUGUGCUUUGGGAGUUCAAACAAACAACAAACAAACCAAGAUUUUUGUCUUAAAGAAUUAAAAAAAAAUAAGUCAUGAGAAUUUUUCAUCUUUCCAGAGAACAUAUUGAUUGGUCUUAAAGACUACAGUUAAGUAAAUAGUGGCUGGAACAUCUAUUUUUCUACAAAACUGGAAAAACGAACCCGGUUCUACAAGAGUGUACAACAAAAUAAAACGUGAAGCAGUAUUGA